GUGUCCUUUUUCCCCGGAAAAUUUCCUCCCUCCUUUGUUAAUUUUCCCGGAAAGCUUCUUAGUUCUACCAAGCAAAAAACAAAAUGAAGUCCAUUUGUUUCCUUUUCUGUUUCUGUUUCCUUCCUAUAAAAGUCUCUUCCUUUUGACAUAAUCCUCUUUCCUUUUCCCUGAUUCUGUUUUGUUUGCCCGAGAAAAUUAAUGAAACCGCGGCUAUAUUCUCGGGAGAUCCUAUCGAACCCAUGUUUUUGAAUCAGUUCAUGCACUUCCUGAAAUCUAUUCAUACUUUCAGAAGGAAAACCCCAGUUUAGCAAAAAACCCUAGAUCCUCUGUUUUCAAGCCCUACCUUGUGAUCUAAGAAAACUCUCCUCUGAUUCACCAUGUCUGGUUCAUGUUUCAACCCGUUUCGUCUCAGGCGAUCUCUGAGAUCCAAAUUCCCUCCAGAGCCUUCCCUCCCGGCCUUAUCCGCUAACCCGUCUUCCUCCAAAACCAACCGGUACGCAGAAAGUGAGACGAUGGAGAAGAAGAGAUUCGACAGUAUGGAAUCUUGGUCGAUGAUCCUAGAGUCAGAGAACGUGGAGACAUGGGAAGCUUCUAAAGGAGAAAGAGAAGAAUGGACCGCAGAUCUUUCCCAGCUCUUUAUCGGAAACAAAUUCGCUUCCGGAGCACACAGCCGGAUUUACAGAGGGAUCUACAAACAGAGAGCCGUCGCUGUGAAGAUGGUUAGGAUUCCGACACAUAAGGAAGAGACAAGGGCUAAGCUCGAACAACAGUUUAAGUCUGAGGUUGCUCUGCUUUCCCGUCUCUUUCACCCUAACAUCGUUCAGUUCAUUGCUGCGUGCAAGAAACCGCCGGUAUAUUGCAUAAUAACAGAGUACAUGUCGCAAGGUAAUCUUCGAAUGUACCUUAACAAGAAAGAGCCUUACUCGCUCUCGAUCGAGACCGUGCUGAGGUUGGCUCUAGACAUCUCAAGAGGAAUGGAGUAUCUUCACUCACAGGGUGUUAUCCACAGAGACCUGAAAUCCAACAAUUUACUAUUGAAUGACGAGAUGAGAGUGAAAGUCGCAGACUUUGGGACUUCUUGUCUUGAGACCCAAUGCAGAGAGGCCAAGGGUAAUAUGGGAACUUAUCGAUGGAUGGCUCCAGAGAUGAUCAAAGAGAAGCCUUACACUAGAAAAGUCGAUGUUUAUAGCUUCGGCAUCGUUCUAUGGGAACUCACCACUGCCUUGCUUCCGUUCCAAGGCAUGACUCCCGUGCAAGCCGCUUUUGCAGUCGCUGAAAAGAACGAGAGACCGCCAUUGCCGGCGAGCUGCCAGCCAGCGCUAGCUCACCUGAUCAAGAGAUGUUGGUCGGAAAACCCUUCGAAGCGGCCAGACUUCUCAAACAUAGUGGCGAUUCUAGAGAAGUACGACGAGUGUGUCAAAGAAGGACUUCCUUUGACGUCACACGCAAGCCUCACGAAGACAAAGAACGCGAUUUUAGAUCGCCUUAAAGGCUGCGUUUCAUCCAUCAGCUCACCAUCUUCUUCUUCCUCAUCUGUUCCUGUAAAUGCCUAGUGGUUCAAAAGUUGUUUAAGUACCAUAACCUUCUCUCUCGUUCUAAAUGUUAAUAUUCUUUUGUUUCAUAAGUUAUUUAAUUGUAAUUUGCAUCUACGCGAUGUUAUGAUUUGAUAUAUACGUAUAUAGGCUAAUUAAUUUGUAUGUUUUAGAAUGUUUA